AUGACAACAGAACUCCAGAUCACCAAAAAAUGGAGGGAAAGAAGCAAACUUUUACGAUCAAUCAUUCACGGCAAGUUCAGAUUCAAGUUCAAACCCUUUGUUGCACAUGAUCAUAAUAAGGUUGAUAAUGCUUGCAUGGAAGAUGAUAAAAAGCUCUCUAAUUCUGUGUUUUAUAAAGUGGGUUUGCUGCCGUCGUUGGUUAGGGUCCCGAGCCGAGGUUUGAAGAAGAUUGGUAGAGCGGUUUCUAUGCGUAUGCAUGAAGCGAAAGACGUAGAAGAUGGAAGCUUGGAACUGUGUAAGAAGAGGAUAAUCAUGGGGAGAAAGUGUCGACCGUUGAACGUGUCGGGCGCGCUUCAUUAUGACAAGAAUGGUGUUUUGGUACCUGAAGAUUUAUAG